AUGCCGCAGGGAGCUGCGCGACGUGCAGCGAACAUGCCGGUACUCGCAGCUCAACAAACUCUCAAACAGCCACAAUGGCCGACGUUCAGAAGCCCGCCGAGGUGGCGAAGGGAGAUUCCCGUCGCCGAACCUGUUGUUGAGACCACCCCCGCUGCCGAGACUGCUGUCGAGUCCACCGAGACAGCUGCGGCCCCCGCUGUUGAGACUACCACCGAGGCUGCCACCGAGACUCCGGCUGCCGCCGAGACCGAGGCCGCUGCCGCCCCGGCUGAGGACGCUAAGAAGGACGAGGAGGUAAAGCCCGUUGAGGAGGGCCACCUCGAGCACAAGGGCCAAGGCGCCAACUUCCCCAAGAACUUCCUGUACACCAAGCAGCUGUUCUGGUUCGGCACUGAGCCUGUCGACCUCAAGUCAAUUACCUCGUUCAAGGCCGACAAGGUCGCUGAUGUUGCUCACCAUGUCACCUCGUGGGCCGCCGAGACCGGCAAGGGUCUCCUCUUCUACAGCGAAAAGGGCGACAAGGCUGCCCCCAACGGCGCCAUCCACCUCGCCGACGCCUCAGAGCCUGCCGUCGAUGGCACGAACAAGUUCUACUUGACUGCCAAGGGACACAAGCACACCUUCAAGGCUGCCAACACUGCCGACCGUGACAACUGGGUCGCUCAGGUGAAGGCCAAGAUUGCCGAGGCCAAGGAGCUUGCUGCCACCGUCACUGAGUCUGAGACUUACAAGAAGACCCUUGAGGGCCUAAAGCCCGCUCCUGUCAAGAAGGAGGAGAAGGCUCCCGCUGCCGAGCCUACCGCCACUGAGCCGGCUGCCGCCACUGAGGAGGCCGCUCCCGUCGCCGAGACGGCUGCCGCUGAGGCUGUCAAGGACGAGCCCAAGAAGGAAGAGGAGAAGACCGAGAAGGCUGAGAAGGAGGAGCCCAAGCGCCGCUCUGCCAGCCGCAAGCGUGCCUCCAUCUUCGGCAACUUCCUUGGCAAGAAGGAGGAGAAGAAGGCCGUCGAGGCUACCGAGGCCAAGCCUGCCGAUGCCGAGACCCCGGUCGCUGAGACCAGCGUCGCCGAGGCUGUUGAGGCUCCUGCCGCCGAGACCGCCGCCGAGCCCGCUGUCGUUGAGCCAGUCGCCGCUGAGGCCCCUGUUACCACUGAGGCUGCCACCGAGGCUAAGCCCGAGGAUAAGGUUGAGGAGGCCAAGGAGGAGGACAAGAAGGAGGCCGCCGAGACCCGGCCCACCCAAGUCAAGCGCACUAGCAUCUUCGGCAACCUCUCUUUUGGCAAGAAGAAGGCUGUUACCCCGACUGAGGUUUCUCCCUCCAAGGAGAUCCCCGCCACGACUGAAGCUGUCGCCGAGACUGCCCCAGUGAUCCCUGCUGUCGAGACCAGCGAGCCUCUCUCCGCCGAGGUUUCUUCGCCUGCGACGGUCCCUACCGAGGCCGUUGAGGUCCCCGCUGCCGUCAAUGGCGAGGCCAAGAAGGAGGUCAAGAGCGAGAAGCGCAAGAGCUCGCUGCCGUUUGCCUUCGGCAAGAAGAAGGAUGCCUCGUCCGAUGAGGAGGCCGAGAAGCCCAAGUCCCCCUCGGCUUUCUCGAAGCUCCGUGCCACCAUCAAGGGCAAGGGCAAGGCUGAGAAGACCGAGAAGGCUGAGGAGACCCCCGCUGUUCCCGCUCUUCCCCCCACCGAGGGCGAGACCGAGGCCGAGGCCAAGGCCGAUGAGCCUGCCACCGAGGAUGCUGCCAAGCCCGCCGAGGUUGAGGCCACCGCCGCCGCUCCGGCCACCACCGAGGAGGAGACUCAGGCCAAGCCCGCGGAGCCCACCCCGGUUGUGACCGCUGCCGCCUAG